AUGCCUCUUACUUACCUGCCCAGCUUUUCUCAAACCUCUGCGAUUCACACUGCUCGCCUUCUGCUGCGGCCAUUCAGAGAUACAGACAUCACUGCACUUUAUACGCUUCGGACAGUCCCAGAGGUCAUGCGUUGGACACGGCAGGGACGCAUUGAUUUGUCAAUGGAGGAGACCAGGAGGUGGAUGGACUUGUAUAUGUCUGGAAGCGACACGUGCGAAAAUGGUACACAGGGGCGACUGAGCUACAAUUUCGUCGUGGUCAAGAAAAAAGAUCCGAAUCUGAGCAAUCCUACAUUGUCAUCGAGCACAGUGAUAGGGGAUGGGGAAGGCACUGUAAUCGGUGUUUUGGGCGUUGUAGCUCUCUCCCCUUCAGGCGAUCCAGAAAUUGGCUACUUAUUUCAUCCUCGAGCGUGGGGAAAGGGAUACGCGACAGAAGCGCUUCAGGGCUUCAUUACAGCAUGGUGGGAACUAUUGCUUCCCGGGUCUUCCAGUACUCACGAUUUGGAGGCGAACGAAGCGUUCACACUGUUUGCUGUUACAGAGAAGAUCAACACAGCGAGUGCGAAGGUACUGACGAAAUGUGGCUGGAGAGUAGUCGGCGAAGAUACAGAAGAUGAGGUGGAAGUUUUGCACUGGAUGCUUCGGCGACCUGGUUCUUUAGGCCGCCAGAGCAUCUUACAGAAGGACGAUUGUGAUAGUGAAGCGCUGAUCCAAAAAUGA